AUGCCACCCAAUAAACGGCUCCGGACAGAGCCAAUUGUCCGCGUCAGGACGGGCUGUUACACCUGCCGACGUCGAAAGAAAAAGUGCGACGAAGUCCGACCAUCGUGUGGGGGAUGCGUGCGGAACAAGCUCAGUUGUGAAUGGCCCGUCAAUAUCCCCGCCAGCUCGACAAGGCAAAAUGGCUCUCAUACGAUCAAUCAACAAGCUGUGCCAGAUCAACCUGGAAGUCCAUGCACAACACGAACGCAGCGUGGCUCGUCGGGUUCACCGACUUCACCAUCCGGAUCGGCGGGAUCCCCAUCCGCGCUGUCGAACGGCUUUGAGGCUACGGAGGCAUUCUCACCACCGACGGAUGAACAAGCCCUUCUAGUUCCAAUGGGCUAUUCCCAUGCUACCCCGCGAAGUUCUAUCUCGGGGCCGGACUCGCCCACAUCAAUGACCAUUGGGAGUUUCAUGCCCCGCAGCCUAUCCAUGCUCCCAGGGUACAGCCCUGAAUCCUUUCAACUACUGAGCCAUUACCUUGCGACAACAGCCGAUGUGAUGGCCAACGGCUCGACUCCCGUCAAUCCCUUCCUGGUUCAGAUCGUUCCGUUAGCGUUUACCAGUGACCUGCUCCUGCAAUUGGUUCUCACGCAGAGUGCGGCGCACCGGGCAUUCCGGUGUCGCAACGACUCCGACGAGGUAGCCCAGAGCCACUACACCAAGGCUUUGCAACUUUUUCGAAAAGGUGUCACCGAGUUCAUCGAUGGGAAAGAGUCCAACCCGUUAAUGCUCACGGUUGGGGCUCUUGUGAUGUGUUUCACCGAGACAGCCAAGGGGGACAUGAACGGGACCAUCUUCGACCAUCUAUCAGCGGCAAAUUCAUUGCUAACCCGUCUCCUCUCACUGAGCGACACGGCCGUGCCGAAGGAUCUGAAAGACUUUGUCAUUGAGUACUACACGUACACCGCCGCCGUGAGCAUGAUCUCCAUUGACGCGCGGGUCAGCCAUCAAUUACUCCUCAACUUCGACUUGGAACAAAAGGCUCGUCAACUACUCGAGUCGGAGUAUGUGGGAAACCUCUGUGGCUGCUGGUUAGAGUUACUGCUCAUGAUACCGUGCAUCUUCGAUCUGGGCCGCCAGUGGAUGAUGCUCGAUGGCCAACCAGCCAUGCCAACAGCCGAUGAUAUCGCUAUGUUUGGAUCCUUGCAGGCUCAGAUCAUGCGAUGGAAUCCAUUUUCAUUCGUCACUCCGGAGGUCUUUUUAGCCGGUCGGGUCUUUCAGCAGGCCAUGUUGCUCUAUCUAUAUACCUCUUUAGGGUCGUUCUCCCGAACAGAGCAGGGAAUGCAUCAGGGUUUGAUCAACACUGCGAUCACGGAGGCCAUGUCCUAUUUGAACCAGCUAUCAGCGACCGCUCGCAUUAAUUCUGGUCUCUGUUGGCCUAUCGCUGUGGUCGGAUCCUGUCUAUAUGACAUAGAGCAGCAGGAGCAACUACGACAGCGGCUGAUUACAAUGGUAAACACUUUCGGUCUCGGAAACAUGCAACGGACACUUCUACUAUUGGAAAGCAUGUGGCAGAUGCCUCUAGACGAGGCAGGCCCAUGGAAUAUAUGCCGGGCAAUGCAACAACAUCAAAUCUGGAUCUCAUUUGCAUAA